AAAUCGGAUCUCUCUGAAAGAUAACGCAAUGAGAUUGCAAUAAGCAAUUGAUCGACUGCAGACGGAAAACGAAAAAGAAAAAGGAGAGAAAGACGGCGCCCACACACGACAACGUCGCCUUAAUUGAAAACGGGGGGUGAAGCCCAAAGCAGCUGCAAUUCGAUGUUUUGUUUAUGAACUGAACUAUGGCUAUGUAGCAUUCGAAACGGCAGCCGAGCAGUGAGAGCGAAUGAGAGAGAGAGCGAAAGAGCCAAUGUCCGGAAGCAAACAACAGCAACAAUAGCAGCAGCAGCAGCAACAGUGACGACGACGACGACAAAGGUGCUUACCUAGCUGUUAAAUGCGAGCAUUAUUUUGUGGCAGAAAUAAGAAUGAGCUGCGUCCGCGUGUGAGUUGUUUGAGUGCAAUCAGUUAACGGGCAGAUCAACGAACGACACUGGGCCAACGGACACCGGCAAGUGACUCUACUGCGACAAGUACACAUACGCAGCAUUCGCUGGACGAGAUAUGCUUGGCUUGGCUGGCGUUUGAUUUACAUGCUAGACAAAAGAAAAAAGAAAAAAAAACAAAAAACCCAAAAUAGGAAAAGAUAUUUAGAACUUGGAUUCUUAUGUUAAUUGAACCUAGAUCAUCAACGUGCACUGCCAUUAAUUAAAUAAUUAUAGAUAUUUACAUAUAUAAAUAUCAUAAUUGGUAGAUUUAAACUUAACAACAAACGUAGUAGAAGCAGCAGCAGCAACAAUAGCUAAAAUGUCCAACUCCCACUACAACAACCACCAGCAACACCAUAAUAACUACCAGCAGCAGCAGCAGCAACAGUCGCAGCAGCAUUCCAGCAGCAAUGGCGACGGUAGACAUGAGGAAUACCAUCAGCAGCAGCCGGUGCAUUACUCCCAGCACUAUGUGAACGGACAUGGCGUGAGGAUAAAGCCCCUGGACAAUAUCGCCGUGCCGGACAUGUGCCUGUUCUGCUUCGAGGUGCUCGAUUGCGAGCUGAACAAUAUUGAUGGUCCUGGUGUGCCGAUGUUUAGCAACGAUGCCUAUCCAUUGUUUGUCACCUGGAAGAUUGGACGCGACAAGCGAUUGCGUGGCUGUAUUGGCACCUUCAGCGCCAUGGAGCUGCACAAUGGACUGCGUGAAUAUGCGCUGACCAGCGCCUUCAAGGAUUCACGCUUCUCACCGAUCUCUCGUGACGAACUGCCCCGAUUGACCGUCUCCGUAUCGAUAUUGCAAAACUUUGAGGAGGCGCAGGGUCAUCUUGAUUGGCAGUUGGGCGUCCACGGCAUUCGGAUCGAGUUCUUGACCGAGCGCGGCCUGAAACGCACAGCCACCUAUUUGCCGCAGGUGGCCACCGAACAGGGCUGGGAUCAGUUGCAGACCAUCGAUUCGCUGUUGCGCAAGGGCGGCUAUCGAUCCGUAAUCACUCAGGAUCUGCGCAAGUCCAUCAAGUUGACGCGCUAUCGCUCGCAGGAGAUCCAGAUGCACUACAAGGAGUAUCGCGAGCAUUUGGAGCGUCGCGGCGAUCAAUUUGGCAAAGUGCAAUGCUAACAAUUAGACAAGCAGGCGUCUGGUCAAUGAUCCUGGCUAAGGGCAGGCGUGGUCUUCGUCUUGCUCCUGCUAUUGCUGGCCAUUCAGUUGACCCAGGGCAUGGGAUUUUUAACCAGCGGCUUUCCCUACUCCUGAGCCACGUUAUAUUCAAGUUUCAGUUUGCCCUGAUGCGUGCCACAUAUUGACUUUUUCAUAAUUUUUUUCUAAUAUAUUUUACAAAUAUAUUUUGCCUUGAUCUGAAAUGACGUGUCGUCACCGAGAGUGACGCGAAUUUUAACUUACUUUUUACAAUUACAACAAAUGCUUAAUCGACUUACUGAGCUUCAAAUCAAUAAGCUAUUUUAAGCGACAAAAUAGAUCAUUAAAAAACAAUUUAAAGAUUAUAAUUACUUUAGUUCGUUAAUUGUGUAACCCUUGACGGUUUUUUUCCUUUCGUUUUUUUACUACAAAUUGAAUAAUAAUGACAAAGAAAACUACAUGCAACAAAAAAAUUAUAUACAUCUACAUACAUAUGCAUAUGUGUAUAUUAUAAAUAAUAAUAUAGACACAAAUAAUAAUUCAAUUAAAUAGUUCAACAAUUAUAUAUUUCAUAGUUUUAACAAUUACAACAAAUUACUAUUACUAAUUCUAUGCGCAAUAAAUAAAAUGUCGGCUUUUUUCUGCAGAGCCGCAGAAAAUA